GUUCCAGUUUGGGUUGUGACGUCACGCGACGCUGCUGUUCUUGUACAUGUCCAAACAUUGUAGGAAAUAAACAAUAAGUAGCGCGGGUGGUAAGCGUAGGAUCCCGGGAAAUUGUAUUGACCAGCUUAUUUUCUGAUCGUAGAAACGUGGAAAUUACAAAAUUCAACCGAACGAAUUUCUGUCAAACUCGACUAAUCACUUCUUUUUGACUACUCACCUCUGAAGUCAGGGAAGGUAACAAAGAAGGGAUCUGAUGGAGAGUGCAUUCACCCUGCGGGUGAGCGUAUCCUCGGAUCAGGGUGGUAGAAAAUACAUGGAGGAUGUCACCCAGAUAUUAGUAGAGCCAGAGCCGGGGGAUGACGAAUUACUCUGGGUGGAGGAGGCAGAGGAUGGAGCCCUGUCCGCCAACAAGCCCUAUGAUCACUCUAGAGGAAAGCCGGCUAAAGCCGGGAAGGGUACAGCGAAUGGAGUGACCACAAAAAAGCAAUCCAUUGCUUUCUUCGCUGUUUACGAUGGGCACGGAGGUCGGGAAGCUGCUCAUUUUGCCAGGGACCACCUAUGGGGCUUUCUAAAAAAACAAAGGGGAUUUAUGUCCAAAGAUUCAGAGGAAGUUUGUGCAGCAAUCCGAAAGGGCUUUGUGUCUUGCCACCAUGCUAUGUGGAAAAAGCUCCCUGAAUGGCCAAAGACAAUGACUGGACUCCCCAGCACUUCGGGAACAACAGCCAGUGUUGUAAUCAUCCGGGGCAACAAGAUGUAUGUAGCCCAUGUGGGAGACUCUGGGGUUGUCCUAGGAUUCCAACACAACUCUAAAGACAUAGUAAGGGCUGUAGAAGUUACACAGGACCACAAACCCGAGCUUCCCCGGGAGAGAGAGAGAAUUGAAGGCCUUGGUGGCAGUGUUAUUAACAAAUCUGGAGUAAAUAGAGUGGUGUGGAAAAGACCUCGGUUAACUCACAAUGGUCCUGUAAGGCGAAGUACGGUGAUUGACCAAAUUCCUUUUUUGGCAGUGGCUCGUGCCCUUGGAGAUCUUUGGAGCUAUGAUUUCUACAGUGGCGAGUUUGUGGUGUCCCCAGAACCGGAUACAAGUGUUCACAUAAUUGAUCCUCAGAAGCAUAAGUACAUCAUCUUAGGCAGUGAUGGACUCUGGAACAUGGUGUCUGCUCAGGAUGCCAUAUCCAUAUGCCAGGAGCAGGAAAAUGCUUGCUUGGCUGGUGAAUAUGGCCAUUCAUCUGCAAAGAUUCUUGUGAAUAGAGCACUGACACAAUGGAGGCAUCGAAUGCUGCGUGCUGACAACACUAGCGCUAUUGUGAUUUGCAUCUCUUCUCUACAAGGAAAGCAGAGGUGCUGCUGUAAUGAGGAGCUGUUUCUAAAUUUGGCAGAAAGUCCAAAUUACAACAGCCAGGACAUGAUUCUCUCCUCGUCUUCCUCUCCGUGCUCUACACCACCUAUCAAGUUCUUGGAGGAUGAACCAUGGUGGAGGUUAACAUUUUCUGAGCCCAUCCCUUCACUUAUUCGUAGGAAUGCCUUCUCGGAAAGCUAUAUAAAAUGGGGCAGUGAGUCAGGAAAGCAAAGAACACCUGUUACUUCUUCCCCUACACCAGGAUGUUCAGAUUUAAGUGAAGAUAAGAGCAGCCUAUCUCAGUGGUCGCUGGACUCCCCAAGCAUCUCACCCUCAAUAUGCCUCUUCCCUGGACCUUCCUCUGCUAGUGGUGCUGAUAAUAAAACUGCAAAAUUUUCAGCUAGUAGUCAGGACAAAAAGGCUGAAACUGAGCAAAUGGCUUCCCUGAAACGGACGCUGGAGGAGUCCAAUAGUGGACCUGCCAUGAAAAAACCAAAACGGAGCUUGGCCAGGAAUGGAGCUGUACAGACAGAGGGCCCUUCCAUUUCACCAAAGCGCAAAACAAUAGACAAAGUCAUUAUGAGGCGCAGCCUCAGAGGCCAAAAGAAGCUAGGACAUCCCUUAUUACAACAGCACAGAAAAUCUAUAUGUGUGUGUUAAUCUUUUUUUCAUACUUUUUUUUUUGUGUAUAAAUGAAAAUCUAUGUCCUUGUGUAUUUUAUUACCGUGUAUAAUGUUUAAGGGUUGUUUUUUUUUUGUUUUGUUUUUAAAGCAGCACUUCCUAUUUAUACACCUUCAAUUUUUUUUUGAAUGGAUGUGUUGUUCAACCUCUUCACUCCUUUAGAAUUUUCCAUGCUGUCUUAACAGCGCUGGGCUUUUAAUGCCCUUAAGACUGCAUGGAAUGUCCUAUGUUAUUUGGCAGCCUGCAUUCUCCUGCUUUAAGGAAAAGGUUGAUCUAAAUGGGGAGUGUGCCUAGCAUUGUAGGCAGUCCCCCAUGAUCCGAUCCCUGUGAAAUCACAUGAUUGCAUAGAUCUCGUUAUUUCGUUUUUCAAGCAAGUGUUGGGAACUUUGUUUUGAUGUUAAACACUUGGCCGCUUUCUUGAGAUCAGAAGUCCAAACCACUUGCAAAAAUGACAAAUUAUUGCUGUUCUUUUUUUUUUUAUAUCCUGAGAAAUUGGGGAUUACUAUUAUUGAUUCAAAUACUGCAUGACGAUGCAUGUGUUUACUUUCCAUAAUGUCUGUGGAACCCCACCCCUUUUUAAAUGGUGUGGUGUGUUUAACAAAUCCAGCAAAGUGAAAAUUAAACUGAUUCUGACAUGCUACAUAGAAAUACUAAGGAUGACUGAGAAAUUACUUUUAUUUAUAUAAAAAAAGGUUUUAUAAAUGAAGAUAAUUUUAAACAAUGACUGAAAAUGUACUUUUUUUUCUUAUAUAGGCAUUUUAAAAUGAAAUUAUUUCAUAUGCAUUUUAAAUACUCCAUUGUUGUGCAAUGACCUAAUGAAUUGGAAGUUGGCUUCUUGGAGACAAGCAUCUAAAAAAAUGUUAAAAAUUAUUUAUGCAGUGUCAACUCUAUAGGAUUAAGAUAAUGCAAAAACAAAAAAUCUAUUUAUCAAAAUGUCUGCCCACUGCCAGUUAUAGACUUGCAUAGUUUCUCUAAACUGUUUCUAAUUUAAACUCCUUAUUUUUACCAUUAUGUUAACGCUUCGAUUCUAACUUAAAAAAUCUAUAGUAAAAUGUUAAACCCAAAAUCGCCAAGAAUCAAGCAACAGUGCUAUACAACCUGAGUUUCCUGUUCUGUCAUAAAAUGGAAAUAUAUUACUUCACUGUUGCCAUGCGUGGUCUGCCCAAUUAUGCUGCUUUUAUUUAUUUUUUUAUAGCUAUUGCUGUGGUACUUUGCUACAGAAUAUUUUAUAAUCAAUUCUACAAAUUUAAAUUUAGCUAUUAUUCAUUAUACAGCAAAUAUUUCUGAUUUAGAUGGCCCUGUAUGAUAUCUACACCAUAUUCCUACAAUAGUGUGUUGUUUUUUUUCUUGGUGUCAGAUUCAGUUUUUUAUAUAUAUAUAUAUAUUUUUAAAUAUAUUGACAAUGAAUUUUGGAUCAGGGACAUUUUCGCAGCAACUUGUUAUUAAGAAGAAUAUAUUUUCAUAAAACAAAAAAACCUCAGAGCAGUCUUCUACACAAAACACUAGAUUAUUUUCCCUUUUUAUUGUUACAUUUUUAAUAUUAAAACUUGUCAAAAUUAAGAGAUUUGUGGGAUUGAUAUUUCUAUGCCUCGUAAUUUCUAUAACUUUUUUUUUUUACCACUGGAUGGUACUUUAUAUGGGGGGGUAUUUUAUGCAACAAUUGAAGAGUCAAGACCAUUAGAUAAUCACUGCUUUCGAUAUUCUAGAUAUAUUGAAAGCUUUCAGAUUGCUAAUGUGAUCUUUGUACUUGGAUCAUUUUAGAGUAGCUGGGUCUUGCUGCAUGAGCAAUAGAGGUUUUUUCUUUUUGGGCCUAUGUAAUUGAUGGCGUUGCAGCAGUCCAGCUUGUACUUACAUGCUGCAGAGCAUCCUAAUAGAGGUUAAGUUAUUUUAUCAUAUGCGUGAAACAAUGGGGAAAGCAGAUUGUAUAACUAUGUAAACCUUGUGUACAGUAUGUUCACCUAAAUAAAACUUGAGAAAACA